UGUCCGGCCCGGCAGAGCCACGGGAGGCGAUGGCUGAGCCGAUUCCAUUACCUCUGACUUUUGAGGAUGUUGCCAUUUAUUUCUCGGAGCAAGAGUGGCAGAAUCUAGAGGCAUGGCAGAAGGAACUUUACAAACAUGUCAUGAGAACCAAUUAUGAGAUGCUCAUCUCUCUAGAUGAUGGACUUCCCAAACCAGAACUAAUAUGCUGGAUUGAACAGGAAAGAGAGCCCUUCAGGAAUUUGAAACAAUCACAGACAUUGGAAAACAUAAUUCGUUCCUCUGCUGACUUGCAUUUUGAUCCAGUUAAUGAGAGACAGCUGUUUGGGGGAAGCCAGCAAACUGUGAAUUCAGGAGAAACCAAAUGCCAUUUCCAAGUAGAUCCUCUUCAGAGCCAGCAUUUGUUUGGCCCCUUUGUAGGAGAAAGGGAAGAUGUUUCCUUCAAGCCUUCCCAAGACAUCACCCUUGUGAGCCCACAAGGGCACAGUACACGGGCUGUAACUCCAGUAGGCCAAAGCUGCAGUGAAUCUGCCCAAAGAGAAGAAAUCCCAAGUCUCCCUGGUUUGCAGGAAGUUCCGUCCUGGAAGAAUGCUCGGCACCCUUGCGCUAUCUGCGGGGAGAGCUUUUGGAAGAAGAACCAUUUAGUAAGUCACCAGAGGAGACACUGGAAGGACCCGCCUCAUAGCGCGUGGAAGAAAUUCAGCAGGCGAGCUGAUACGCAGCCACACACAGCUGCCACGAGGGCACAGAGGCACUUCCCAUGCCCCCAGUGUGGUAGGCGCUUCCGCCGGAAGCAGUGUUUGCUGAGACAUCUGGUUGCCCAUAUGGGGACGAGCCCAUUCCAGUCCCCUGAAUGUAAAAUGUAUUUGCGGCAGGAGCGAACCCUUCUCAGCCACUGCCGCAUGCUUAAGGAGGAGAAGCCUUCCCAGCACCCCAAAUACAACAAGCGCCUUCUCCCAAUGGACAAUACACAGGCUCACCGGUGCCAACAGGAUGGGGAGAGGCUGGCCUCCUGGCAAGAAGGCCUGGGUGCCUUCACCACCAGUGUGCACUCAGGACAGAAGACACUGUGCCUGGACUAUGACCCACAGGCUCUGCCCCUGGGCCGUGGCACAGAGAAGCCCUGCGCAUGCGUGGAGUGUAGACCCUUCCCUGCAAGGUCCAUGCCUGCCAGCCACUUCAGGAUGCAGGUGGGAGAAAAGCCCUUCCAGUGCCCAGACAGGGACAAGCGCUUCCACCUGAGUGGCCUGCUGCAGGUCCACCAGCGUGUGCACAGUGGAGAGCGACCCUUGUCCUGCGGGAAGUGUGGCAAGGGAUUCACCAAGCAGUGUAGACUCAUAGAGCACAUCCGGGUCCACAGUGGGGAGAAGCCUUUCUGGUGUGCCGAGUGUGGCAGGAAUUUCCGUCAGAGGGGGCAACUGCUGAGGCACCGGCGGCUGCACACGGACGAGAAGCCCUUUCAGUGUCCGGAGUGUGCUCUGAGCUUCCGCCUGAAGAGCAUGCUCACCGCCCACCGGCUCCAGCAUGGCGGGGAAAGGCCAUUCUCUUGCGGCGAGUGUGGCCGGGGCUUUACCCACCAGUGUAAGCUCCGGGAGCACCUGAGAGUGCACAGUGGGGAGAGGCCCUUCCAGUGCCCGGAGUGUGACAAGAGGUUCCGCCUGAAGGGCAUCCUGAAGGCCCACCAGCGCACCCACAGCAAGGAGAGGCCCUUCUCCUGCGGAGAGUGUGGCAAGGGCUUCACCAGACAGUCCAAGCUCACGGAGCACUUCCGCGUGCACAGCGGGGAGAGGCCCUUCCAGUGCCCGGAAUGCAGCAGGAGCUUCCGCCUGAAGGGGCAGCUGCUCAGCCACCAGCGCCUGCACACCGGGGAGAGGCCGUUCCAGUGCCCCGAGUGCGGCAAGAGCUAUCGUGUGAAGGCCGACAUGAAGGCCCACCAGCUGCUGCACGGCGGGGAGAUGCCAUUCUCUUGUGAGUGUGGCAAGGGCUUUGCUAAGCAGUCUAAACUUGUGGAACAUAUCAGGACACACACGGGAGAGAAGCCUUUUCAGUGUCUGAAAUGUGACAAGAGUUUCCGCUUGAAGGCACAGCUGCUCAGCCACCAAGGCCUGCACACGGGAGAGCGGCCUUUCCACUGCCCUGAGUGUGAUAAAAACUUCCGGGAAAGGGGACACAUGGUCAGGCAUCAGCGCAUACACAGGCCUGAGAGGCCGUUUGCCUGUGACAAGUGUGGAAAGGGCUUCAUUUAUAAGUCUAAACUUGCUGAGCACAUCAGAGUACACACGAAGUCCUGUCGUGCUCCAAAUGAGCCCGACAUUAAGAAAAGGCUUAGUCAACUGUUUGCGAUGAUAGAGGCUGAUUGGAGUUGAGGUGGGCCAGGGCAUGUGAAGUGCUGGGUGGAACUGAUGUUUCUGGAAUCCACAGCCAACAAUAGCCAAACCUACUAGUAGACAGACUUUUAGGAGCAGGGGUCCUUCCUGGAGCAAGAGCAGAAUACAAUUUAGGAAUAUGAGAAACCACAAAGGAUGUUCUGUGCCAAAACAUUACCAAUUAAUAUUUCUUGCCCUUUGAUAAAAAGAUAUUUAUUCUUGCCAUCUUAACUGAUAA